UUCCAAAUAAAUUAAAAAAAAAAAUCGAAUACUUCAAUACUGCCACAUGAAAAAUGUGAAUAAAAUAUGCAAACAAAAAAUUAAAUGAUAAAUAGGCCCGUCGGCUUCUGGGGCAAAAUUGUCGGCUCUUUGUGCGUGAUCGCUGGUGUGCUGACAAUCGCACUGCCGGUACCGGUUAUCGUCAGUAAUUUCAAUUACUUCUAUCACCGCGAAACGGAUCAGGAGGAGAUGCAGAGCCAAAAUUUCAACCACGUUACAAGUUGUUCAUAUUUACCUGGUGCACUAGGUCAACAUUUGAAAAAAUCCUCACUCUCCGAAUCGUCAUCGGACAUAAUGGAUUUGGAUGAUGGCAUUGAUGCAACCACACCAGGUCUGACUGAUCAUACGGGCCGCCACAUGGUUCCAUUUCUGAGAACACAGCAAUCGUUUGAGAAGCAACAGCUGCAGCUCCAACUGCAGCAGCAACAGCAAGAGCAACAGCAGCAGGGACUCCAGCAGGGACAUCAACAGGGCCAAAAUGGCUUGAGGAGCACAAACAGCUUACAGUUAAGGCAUAACAACGCAAUGGCCGUCAGUAUUGAGACCGACGUCUGACUACUAGUCAAACAAAUGGAAAAUGGUCGAAGCUUGCGCAGUGAAAUGUUACGUUGGAUGCCAGAAACGUCAUCAAAAGCAGUCUAAUCUAGAAUUUUAUUAAUAAAAUAAAUAUUAAAAUAAUAAUAACUAGUAAGCAGCGUAGUUGUAAAUUAAACAGCAAAUGUAAAACAAACGAACACACACAGACACACUCACACACACAGACACACUCACAUACAACACAUACAACAUACACAAAGACACAGCCAGUUCAGCAGGCUUGAUAAAGUAACAUAGCUAAAAGUCAGGCUAGCGAUAUUUUUUUUUUUUAAUAUUCAACUUCGGCAGCCACAAUUUACACAGCUGCUCAAAGAAGACCACACACACCAAAACACACAAAGAAAACCAAAUAGAAGAACAAAAAGAUAACUCAACUUGAUACCUAUGUUCAAAUUUAGCAAUUAACAACUAACAAUCGUUAUAGUCAAAACAAACAAAAAAUUAUAAGAAAAAAAAAAAAAAAAAAAGAAAAACCAACAAAAAAAAGUAAAGAAAAACCAAAAAUAAGAAUUAUCUUAGUAGUCUAAUCUAAUUGGAGUUUCUUCCUUUCUUUAGAAGCUAGCUACAAAAACAAAACCAAAAACAAACAGAACAGACAACAAAGAAGCAACAAUACAUACAAACAUACAAUAUCUCCUAAUUUUAUUUUCAACUUUAAAUUACGCUCUAUUAUUAAAUAUUAGACAAAUAUUAGUAAAAUCUAAAGGAACGAAAACAACAAAAAAAUUACAAAAUAAAGUCAAAAAGGAUACAAAGAAAAUUCAACAACAAGAACUAAGGCAGCGCAAAAAAUAAGCAAAAAAAAAGAGGAAAAGCGAUUGCGAUUGACAACGUCCUCAUCCUUGCUGUUCCAAAAGGAAAGUCCAUAUUUCGGUUUUUACUCUUCGAUACUUAUUGAAAAUUGGCAUUUAUAGUGUAGUGAAGUUUUUAUUUACAAUUUGUCGCGCUGCCAGCAAAACGUUGCAGAAUAUGCGCACAAAGAAGAAUGGAAAAUUAGCAGGUCUCUCGGUAGAUUAGGCCCGUCACAAACAGAGAGCAAUUCUCGUAGACAAAAACGUUUGGUAGCGAAUUAAAAUAUAAAAUAUAAAAAAAACAUAAACGUCCGAAAAGUUCUCAAUGAGAGAGGUAAUACUGUACUCGUACAGUACAAAUAUUUAUGUAUUAUAAAAAAAACUAUCUAGAAUUUAAGUAGCGCCCCAAUUGGCAUAUAUACAUAACUAGAUGAAAACUAUGCUUAAGAUGUGCACAGUCGGGAUAUGGGCGUUGUCAAGAUACUAUCGUCAUUACACUAACACACACACACACACACAC